AUUUCCGUCACUCCAGCCGGCGGUGUCACUCAACAAAAAUCGUGGACUGACAAAUUACUCCAAACAUGUCACUCACAACCGUUUAGGCUACUGACAAUUCAUAAGUCUCACUUAAGCAGAGCCUUUGGGAUUUAGCUAGAGAUUGGUGCUGGAGGCUCUCUGAUGUUCAGCCAUGGACGAAGAGGACAGCCAGGAUGAGCUGAUCAACCGGAAUGCCACCCACGGAAAAGGGAAAAGGCCAGCAUUGUGGGCAAUCUCAGAUGAAGACUCAGAUGAAGUUGGGGAGGAAUCGGAGGAGGUAGCUUCUGACAGUGGUGAGGAUGAGGAGGAGGAGGAAGAACACCUUGAUGGAGAGGGAGAAGAGGAGGAUGACAGUGAUGAUGAAGAAGAGGAGGAUGCUGUGAAGGCGGUGGGGGGAGCGUCGGCUGACUUGGCAGGUCUGAGCUCAGACGAGGACACUGAGAAAUGCCCCAUCUGCCUCAACUCUUUCCACAGCCAGCCUGUGGCCACGCCAGAGAGCUGCAAGCACUACUUCUGCCUCGACUGCAUCCUUGAGUGGUCCAAGAAUGCAAACUCCUGUCCUGUGGACAGAAUAGUCUUCAAUAACAUCUACCUGAGAAAAUGUUAUGGCGGGAAAGUGCAGAAAAUGAUCACAGUGCAGAAGCCAGUGAAGGAGGGCCAGGAGGAGGUGAUAGACCUGGAGCUGGAACAGACCAGCUGUGAGGUGUGUGGGGGGAGCGACCGUGAAGACCGCCUGCUGCUCUGUGACGGCUGUGAUGCAGGGUACCACAUGGAGUGCCUGACCCCCCCGCUAGAUGCUGUCCCUGUGGAGGAAUGGUUCUGCCCAGAGUGUCAAGCCAUCAACCGCCAUUCAAGGGGUUCAGCGGAGCAGAGCGACGCGGAGAGUCUGAGCAGCUCCCGUCCUACCACCAGCCACUCCCGCACCACCACGACGGGCCCCACCCGGGCCAUCGCCCGCACCCAGCAAAGCGAGAGGGUCCGCGCCAGUGUCAACCGCCACCGCAUCACCCAGGCACGCACUGCACAGAUUGCCCCCAGUUUUCUGAUGCCACAGUCCACCUGGCUGGAUGACACUAUCAACGCAGUAGUGGCAGGACUCAACACAGCUGUGUACAUACGGGACCUCACACCUCGCGCUCCAUCCAGCCGACGACGCAGGACAGUGAAGCGCAGGAAAGGCAAGAGUAAGAGGUCAUCGCCUGCCACGGGUGGUAAGGGCAAAGCUGCAGGCACUGGGGUGAAGAGGAGGAAACGGAGAGUGAGGAGGACCAAGUCUAGAAGGAAACUGGUGGUGAAGAAGGAGCCUACGUCUCGUGGUCGUAUAGCCCAUAGCCUUGGGAUAGGGAAGCCCAAACAGGGCUCGUCCCUUCCCUCUGUGUACCGGCCUACAGAAACCACUCUGGGCAGUAUGAGAGCUGACAUAGGAGCUGCUUCGCUCUCUGUCUAUGGAGACCCCUAUGACCUGGACCCCUUCACUGACAGGAAUGAAGAGGAGGAAGAGCAUGCCUUGGCCACAACAUCACUGCUGGAGGCCAAGAGGCGUGGCUUAUCUCGCUCCGCCCUCCGCUCGCACCAGCCUGUGGCUCGACCAAUCACUGCUGGCCUCUCCAGGCGGGGCCCAAGCCUGCUCCAGGUGGAGGAGGUGGCCCCAGUGCCUGACCUACUGGGCAGCAUCCUAUCAGGACAGAGCAUGCUGCUGAUGGACAGCUCAGACGUGGUCAUCAACAGAGACGGAUCUCUCAAGGCUACCAAACCAGUGGGUGUGUCGUCUUCGUCCAGGCUGGGCAGCAGUAGGAGCAGCAGCUCUGGUGAAUCAGUAGCCCAGCACCACUCAGGGAUGUCCCCUAACCCAGCAGCAGCCAGCUCUCUCUCUCUCCCCACUAACGGAGACCUGGUGGUGGGACCCUCCUGUAGUCCCCUGAACAGGCCCUCUUUCUCCCUCAGCUCCCCAGGGCCCUGCCUGUCCCCUCUCACCCCCUCAUCCCCAUGCCCAGCCAGCCACAGCCAGACUCCCCCGCCUCCCAGACCCAGCCCUAGUCCUGGACACAGCCACUGGGGGGCCACUGGUGUACGACUCCCCCAUGGGACCCAGAGGGAAGCCACCUCUACCUCCCCUCCUACCCCAGACUUUCGGUCACGAGGGAGGGAGACCGUGCCACCACAGCCCCAGGCUAAGAAGGCCGCCCCUAAACCAGUAUGGGAAGCACCAGUAUCGGUGCUUCCCAGGAUACCAAAGAUAAAACGGGAGAGUGGUGUGCUAACGAAUGGCAGCGCCAGUAGAGGGGGGAGUAGUAGCAGUGCUAAUGGUAGUGGUAGUAAUGGCUUCCCUGAGGCCUGUGUGAACAGCCUGGGUGGUAACAGGGGUAGGCAGCCAAGUGUGGACAAGCAGCAGCAGGGCAGGACAGAGGGCCAGACCCAGAGACAGAGACCAGAGCGAGCAGGCUCUUCGUCAGCCUUCUCCAACUCCUUUUCCUCUUCCUCUGGUUCCACUGCCAACCCGGCAUUGGCAUCCACGGUGUGCUUCCGGAUCAACGCCAGUGGCAAUGCGUGGCACGCCCGGCAGCUUAGCAAUGCCUCUGCAAUGGUUCCCGCCGGCAACAGUGAAGAACCACUGUCCACGGAAGAAGAGGAGGCGAAGAGGAGAAGAGAGGAGCGCAGCAGCAGGCCCCUGACCACCUCACACACACGGGUCAAAGAGGAGGAGGGGGAUAUAUACGACCCUUUCCACCCAACAGGCUCAGACUCCAAUGCCUCAGAAAGCGAAGCAGAGAGCCAUGCUGGGGGGAAACCAUACAUGGCGCACAAGGAAGGUGCCAGCCACCAGGUGAAAGCUGAGGCACUGGAGAGUAGUGUGUCACUGGAGAGGGAUGAGGGCUCAGGAGAAUGUCUGGAUGUGAAGAGCGAGCCAGGCACUGCGAAGCCUGGUCACGGCCCACACAACACACCCAGGUCUGGGAUGACUGGCACCAGCACACCCCUGUCCCAGAGCCAGGUCCCUGUGAAGAGGGAGAGGAAAGAGCCAGGGGGUGAGAAUGGGCAGACAGGCAACAGUAGAGAGCCCCAGAACCAGAAAACUGCUCCUUUCUCCUCCAGCUCAGCCUCCAGCCACCACAGCAACAGGAUGGUGAAGACUGAGAUCAAGUCAGAGCCCCAGGACAGCCCCCCCAGGUCCCCAUCCAGGUCUAAAUCACACUCCAGGCCCUCAGGCCAGGGGAGGAAAACAUCCAAAGGUGGGGGGUCUUCCACGGAGCGGCGGUCUGCCUCAAAUAGCCCGGAGGCAGGCAGGAAGGGAGGAGACAAGGCCCUGGAACAGCGAGGGAGGAAGAGAGGAGACGAGGGGGGUAGGAGAGGAGAAGAAGAGGGGGGAGAGAGGAGGUCCAGGCGUUCGGAAUCGAGGGAGAGGAGACGGCUUCGUUCCCCAUCAGACAGCUCCACCUCUGAUGCCUCUGAGAAGUCUCGCAAGAUGACGAGACGGUCACGCUCGCGCUCCAAAGACAGGAGGCGCUCCAGGUCGAGGUCAGGGUCGGGCUCUAGCAGCAGAGAGCAGUCCAAGAGUAGGAAGCAGAAGAGAUGGAGCAGGGAGAGGAACGACAGCAGAGGGAGUGAGAGAGAGAAGGGUCGGCCAUCAAAGGACAAGAAGCGAGGUCGCUCGCAGUCUCGCUCGCGGUCCAGGUCCAGGGAGAGGAGGAAAGACCACUCACGAUCACAACCAUCGUCCUCUGGGUCAAAAAACAGGGUUGAGGUGCGGUCAAAAGACAAGAAGAGGCCGAGGUCCAGGUCGCAGUCCAGAGAGAGGAGGAAAGAAGAGGGGUCGUCACAGGGCACACACAGACCACCAGGGUCUUCCUCAACCACCUCCUCCAAAGAGCUAAAAGAACAGACAGAGAAGAUAAAGGAAAAAGUGCUUUCCUGUGUCGCUCUAAAAGAGGAGAGAGAGGCUAAAGAAGAGAGAAAAGAGCGAGAGAUCAAAAAACAGAUGCCUUCCUCUUCUUUAGGACUCAAACCUCUCUCUGUCUCUGAGGUGAAAAAGGAGAGUGACGGCAAUGAAUUUAGAACAGAGAAGCACGCCUCUCUCUCAGCAAAACUGCUCAAGGAGUCUAAGCUGCUCAAAGAAAUAAAAAAAGAGAUACCGUCUGCCUUUGAUAUGUUCGAAGAAUCACUGGAUAGUAAACCAAUCAAGAAAGAAAAACCUCUGUCAAUGUUCAAUGAGUUCAAGGACUUGCAAGAGCACAAGGAGAUCAAAAAAGAAAAACCUUCCCCACUCAUAAACGAGGCGUGCGCCCUCUCCACCUCAGACGUAACAGAUCAGAAAGACCAGGCAUUAAAGGAAACCAUCAAGACUGAGCCCAUCUGGCCUGAGCUGCCUCAACACCUGACCUCCAUCAUCCCUGCUCCCCCCACAGGCCAACCCAGCCCCAGCUUCUCAACACUCUGCACCAACCCUGUCCCUGCGCCUCCUCAGGCUGCAGUGAUUACAGCCGGCCAGCAGGUGGCCCCAUCCCUGCCUCUUCCAGUACCAAAGGCCCUCACAGAGACCCCUCCAUCUGUCCAACCCAUCUCAGUGAACCCAGUGAAGGAAGAGGUAGAGGAGCAUUCAGACUAUGAACUUGAUGACAUGGACGUGGACAUGAUGCUGGACAGUCUGGACUCUGUGAAGAGUGAGAAAGCAGAGCCAGGAGGAGAGAAAGGGGAGGCUGAGGUCAAAGAGGAGAAGGAGGGAGAAGGGAAGGAUAAGGAGGGGAAGACUGGGGGAGAACCAGUGGCAGUCACACCAGGCGCUAAGGCCAAACCCUCGGUGAAGAGGGUCACCUGGAACCUGCAGGAACCAGAUGGACCACAGCCAGAGAAGACUGGGAGUAAGCUGGCCCUCUACAAACUGAAGCUCAAACAGGAGGGAGCUCGCAGACCUGCCUCCUCCGCCCAGGCCUCCAAUCAGGAGGCUGCCUUGGGUGCUACGUCACUCACUGACCCAAAGGUCCAGAGCACCAAGAGGGGCAGUGUGUCUGUAUUGCUGCCCAGUGAGCCCUCCAGCUCCAACAGUCUACCACAAGUAGGGCAGAGGGAACCCAAUGAAGCCCUGGGAGAGGAUGAUGCUUCCAGAAAUGAUAAUUACAUAAAAAAGAUUCACAUGCAGGAGAGAGCCAUAAAGGAGGUGAAGCUGGCUAUCAAGCCCUUCUACCAGAAGAAAGACAUCACUAAGGAUGAGUACAAGGAAAUCGUACGCAAGGCUGUCCAGAAGGUCUGCCACAGUAAGAGCGGGGAGAUCAACCCAGUGAAAGUGGCCAACCUGGUCAAAGCCUACGUGGACAAAUACAAACACGCCAGGAAACACAGGAAAGGAGAGGAUGGAGGGAAGACAGAGGAGGCAGAAACUGAUAGAACAAACGAUCCAGAGACCCCAUGAGGACCCCCCAUUCCUCCACAUGCACUGGAUACUCAGCCAUUCUCAGCCAGUUUCACUCAUUUUACGAUUUCUGUUAUCAAAUCAUGUCACAGGUUUUUAGGGGACUCAAGCAAGGGCUUAGAGAAAUAGUGCCUCCAAAUUUGAGGUUUUCUUCAUUGUUUUUUUUGGUGUGAUAAAGUUAUGUUCUGUCCAUAGUAAUUCACUGUUUCACAAAAUCAUGGAAGAGACGUUUCGUUGAAAGAAGAUGUGGAAGUAACUUUUAGUGCACCCUAUGUGGUCUGGCACUUUGAUUACCACUGACUGCCAAGCAUCUGUUUUGAAUUGAAUUUAUUUCAAGGUUCACCCAGGGUCAGACCAUGUAGAUGUACUUUGUUGGUCAAGCUUGGUCUACUCUGUACGUGGCUAGCACAGAGAUUCUGUCUUAAAGAGACAGCUCUCAGUCAGAUAGCCUUUCAAUCAAGAGAGGCUGAGGAAUAAUGUGAAGCAGCUAUUUCUGCAGGCAAAAUCUCUGAAUAGAAGCAGUGCUGGCUUUUUAUUUUUUAUCUUUUCGGUGGUAGAGGGGUAUUUAUCUGUGGCAUGAGUCCUAAUUUUUUGGUGUGAGAAAGCUUAAUGCCGUCAUUGACAUAGAAGAAGAAAAGAACACCACAAUGUAGAAAAAUACCAGUAUGUAGUAGAAAAUAAUAGAAAAUAAGAAAAAGUAUAAACAAUUAUUUCUGAUUUUAGAUUUGGUGUAAAUAUUGAUUUUGAAUUAUCAGUAUGUACGCCCUUCCAGUUGAGUUAGCUGCCUACCGGGAAUUCACAAAUGUAUAUUGUGAAUGGUUCUGGAUUAAGUUUGUUGUUUUUGUGAAUGUUUCUGUGCUAUGGGACUGUGGGUCCGAUGGAGUGCUGGUUGACCAUACAGUAUGUGGCUCUGCACAUAGCGGCUGUCCUCCUCUGGUGCUCAGAUUGUCAAUGCUCCUCUGGUCUCUAUUGGCAGAAUACUAACUUGAGAUGAGGGCACACAACUCAGACUUCCUCAAAAAAUCUCCCAUUGAUAAUCAAUGCAUGGUUGUUGAGAAAGUUUCAGUUGUGUACAUUUUCUCAAAUUUGGACUAGGCUCAAAGUGUCUACUGGUUUUAAUCCUACCUUUCCAUCAGGUUUUGAUUAAGACAGGAAACCAGGUGAGGUGACUGCAAUCAUCAGCUUUAGUUUAUCAAUUGACCAGUCAUUUGCCAAUGAUUAGUGAAAACCAGCAGACACUGGAGUUUAUAUACAUUUUGUGAAUUCUGCACCUUCACCUGUGUUUUCUCUUAGUUUAUAGGUAGUCUAGAACAAUUGGCUAGUCCUGUUGUAUAUUUGUAGCAGGCUAACUAGUCAAAUGACAAAGGAUAUCAUGCCUGUCUUGCAGCCUAAUCAAUGUUUUUCCCAUUUCUUCACACAUUCACACUUGAUUAUGAACUCAGCUAGUUGCUCACAUUUCUUCUGAAAGAUUUAGUUUGAUUCCAAAAGCUUAUUUUCCAGUUUGAAUAAUGUGCAAUAACCCUUAUUCUUGACACUGGUUGGCCACAGUUUGUUCUUUGUCGCAAACAAACUAGAUUUGUUUUAGUCCUUGAAAAUAUUGCCACACUUGUAGUUGCGAGCUUGGAAAUUGUUAAUCAAGUAAUAGUCCAUAAUCCUAGUCAAGGCCAGGAUGUUUUUGAUGACCACAUGACCUGACAAAAACUCCUAACAAGGGGCCAAAGGAUUUCCUAGUCAGGUGGAGUGGGUGGGAGAAACCCCUGGCCCUAGUCAUACUGUAUGCAAUUCAUGCCAUCCGUAAUCAUGGUUUCUCAUUGGUGGAAGUGGUUGGCUUCCUUCCUGCUAAUGAAUACUUCUUACAACUGUACCUGGAAACGGUUGGCCUUCUCUACUCAUUUUCAAAUACUUUAUUUGUAGAAAGGUGCGUAAAAGAUAUCCCUGUCUUUUCCUUUUUGUCAUUUGCAUGUGCCCAUUCUGUGUGUGUAGUAGAAUGGGUGUGUGUGGACCUGCUUUGGACUGGGCCCUGUUUUGUCCUACACCUAUAUUCAAAUUUCAAAUCGAUCCCUAGAUUAUAUCCCCUUGGCACUUCUAUAGACCUGAAAGGAUUGGAUAGGUGUAUCAGAGGGCCAGAUGGAGUUAUUACCAAAUUGUGUAUACUGUACCUACAGUAUCUGAUCCUUUCAGAUCUACUUGAAGUGUCUAGGGGUUGAUUGGAAUUGAGCAUACAUACUUUGUUUUUGAGAGGAGUGGAGAAAGGAAAUGCUUGAGUUAAAUGUAUUUUGUUUGUGUUUCUCCAUUUACUUGAUCUUCUAGGACAAGUGGUUUAGAGGGAACACAAAAUUAUAACUAAGUAAAAUAAAAUACAAUAUUGUCCCAAUUUA